UGGAACUUCCCAAAUAUUUGAUAGGUCUGAUGAUAAUCACUUGGGUUGGGUUGGGUUGGGUUCAUGGGUGUUUGGACAGUGAGAGGGAUGCUCUCUUACAACUCAAACCAGUCUUCAAGUACCUCUUUUGGCCGAUGGAGGCCAGGGAGGAGACUAGUUCAGAUUGUUGUCGUUGGGAAAUGGUGGACUGUGAUGUCGUUACUGGGAGAAUUACCAACCUCUCUCUUGCUAAAGGAAUGGGCUCAGAGUUGCCGGUUCUCAACGUCUCUCAGUUUCUUCCCUUUGUGGAGCUCAAAAUUCUUGACUUGAGCUCAAAUGAUAUAGUUGGUUGUAUGGAGAACAAAGGAUUUGAAAUAUUGUCGUCGAGGUUGAGGAAACUCGAGGAGCUCAAUCUAAAUUACAAUUACUUCAACGAUAGCAUUGUAUCAUCUCUGAGCGGUUUUGCUUCUCUCAAGUCUCUUUCUCUACGGGGUAAUCAAAUUACACCAUCAACAAACAGCAAUGGGUUUGGAAGUCGAUGGCGGUUAAGCAAUUUAGAACUUCUUGAGUUGAGGGAUAACUUCUUUGACAACAGCAUCCUGUCAUCUUUACGCGAUCUUUCUUCUUUAAAAGAUUUAAAUCUCAAAAGAAAUCUACUAAACGGAACAAUUGAUAUGCAUGAUUUGCAUAAUCUGGUCAGCUUGAAGAAGUUGGAUGUGAGUGAAAAUUUGAUUAGCGACUUCAAAUCUGUCAAAGGUGCUCAUAAAAGACUCCAGCGAUCAAGUGUUCUGGAGGUCCUUGAUUUGAGAGAUAACUUCUUCAACAACAGUGUUUUGGCCUCCCUUAAUGAAUUUUCGCACCUCAAGUCUCUAAAUUUGUCGUGGAAUCCAUUGACGGGAUCAGUGCACCUUAAAGAGUUGGAAGGUCUGAGAAACUUAGAGGAGUUGGAAAUAAGCCACAACGAAGUAGAAAAAAUUGUUGGCCCUGAAGACAGAAGAACAUUGAACAAGUUAAAAGUGCUCCGUCUGGAAAAUCUCAGCACCAAUAACAAAGGCAUUGUGCUAGAAUCAUUAGGGUCCCUGUCAUCUGUCAAGACGAUCGAUCUUCGUCAAAAUAUUUUGAACAGAACAAAAACUCUUCAUGAGUUGUGUAGUUUGAGUACUGUGGAAGAACUGUUUCUACACAACUCUAGCCUCCACAAAGAUUUUCUCCAAAGUAUCGAGUCUUUGACGUCUCUCAAAGUUCUCCGUUUGAAGGCUUGUGGGCUCAAGGGCACUCUACCUCCUCAAGGCUGGUGUGAGUUACAAAACUUGCAGGAGCUUGAUCUAAGUGACAAUGAACUCGUAGGGACACUACCACCAUGUCUUGCAAACUUGACAUCUAUUCGAACUUUAGAUCUCUCGCACAAUGAAUUCUCUGACUAUAUUGCUUCCAGUCCCGUUCGAAAUCUGAAGUCUAUUGAAGCCCUCUUGCUUGGGUAUAAUCACUUUCAAGUUACCCUCAAACCAUUAGCAAACCACUCGAGUCUAAAAUAUUUCGUGGCUGAUGGUAACCAAUUAGUUGAAGAAGCUGCUUCUCAACCUUGGACUCCUAAAUUCCAACUGCAGGCAUUGAGUUUGUCAAACUGUAUACCAAAGAAUACGAGUGCAAGAUUUCUCAAUUUCCUAUACCAUCAAUUCAGCUUGCAAUAUCUUGACCUCUCUAGUGUAAAGUUUGGUGGAGCAUUCCCCGGCUGGUUAUUUGAGAACAACACAAGAUUAGAGCAGAUUUACUUGGUCGAUAACUCGUUUGUCGGCCCCUUUAAAUGGCCAUCACAUCCUAAUCUAAACUUGUCUUGGAUAGACAUCUCUCACAACAAGCUAUAUGGUCAGAUUCCGUCGAACAUCAGUCUUAUUUUUCCAAAUCUAGAAUACUUCGCUCUGUCUGGAAACUCCUUUCAAGGUAGCAUCCCUCUUAGUUUGGGUGAGAUGAAGUCCUUGGGAGUUUUGGACCUUUCAAACAACCAAUUUUCUGGAGAAAUUCAAGUGCUAUUCACCAGUCAGACUCAAUUGUGGCUCAUCAAACUUUCAAACAACAAUUUUUCUGGCCGCAUUCCUACCAGUUUUGCCUCGAAUUUGUUCGUAUCUUUACAAAUGAAUGGCAAUAAAUUUGUUGGGGAAAUACCUGAUCUCUCAUCGUUGAAAGACUUGGAAACAUUGGAUCUCAGUCGUAACUCGCUGUCAGGCAAGCUUCCUAGAUGGAUAGCGAAUAUGUCAAAGUUGUGGGCUCUAGUUCUGUCCAACAAUCAUUUUGAGGGUCCUAUUCCACAAGAAUUUUGCAGACUUGAGAACCUUAAAUUCUUGGAUCUUUCUGAUAAUGAUUUGUCUGGCUUCAUACCAUCUUGUUUGAGUGAAUUAGGGAAUCUAGCCCAUGUCCUUCUGAGUAGGAACAGGUUGAGAGGGCCAAUCCCGCAGUCGUUUGUCAAUAUUAGUAGUUUGUUUGCUUUGAAUAUUGGAGAUAACAACUUGAAUGGCCCAGUACCAAGCUGGAUUGGCAACUUCUCAAGUUUAGUGAUUCUUCUUUUGCAAAGAAAUCAUUUCCAUGGUGAUAUUCCCAUUCAGUUGUGCCAGUUGAACCAAUUGAACAUAUUGGAUCUUUCCUCGAAUAAUCUGUAUGGAGGUUUACAUCCGUGCUUGAGGAAUUUGUCGUCGACAAUAACAGGCAUAAGGUCGUACGAGUUAUCCUUUUCGAUUGGUUAUGGUGGUGUUGAUUUUCUUUUUGAACGCUUCAAUUCAGAUUCUGAUUAUACCAUGCCUACUAUACAUGAAGGGGUAGAGUUUACAACAAAGAGCAAUUCGCUUGAUUACACGGGAUACAUCCUUGAUCACAUGUAUGGAAUCGAUCUCUCUUGCAAUCGAUUUUCUGGUGAAAUUCCCCCUGAAUUUGGAUAUCUUGUCAGAUCUUUGAAUUUAUCGUACAACAAUUUGAGUGGGUCAAUCCCCACAUCAUUUUCAAACCUGAAACAGCUAGAAAGUCUGGAUCUUUCCUACAAUGAUCUGAGUGGUCGAAUUCCCUCUCAAUUGAUCGAGGUAAACACUCUGGCAGUGUUUAGCGUAGCACAUAAUAAUUUAUCAGGCCCAAUUCCAGAUCUCAAAGCUCAAUUUGCGACAUUCAAUGCAAGUUGCUACGAAGGGAAUCCUCUUCUCUGUGGACCUCCAUUGAACAACAACUGCGGCGGCGAGACUCAUUCUGCAUCACCACCUACGUAUCCCUUUAAAGAAGAAAGCGUGGAUAAUGGUUUCAUGGACAUGACUUUUUUCUGGGUAACCUUUGUGGUGACUUACACGGUGGCACUCUUUGGCGUAGUAUUAGUCUUGUACAUAAAUUCAAAUUGGCGACAUGCAUGGUUUUACCGUGUUGAUGUAUGCUUCAACGCUUGCUACUAUUUUGUUUUCGACAAGUUCAAAUAAGUUUUACAGCUUUGUAAAAAUGUCAUUGCGCCUCAUAUUUAGGGUAUUUUGUAACUUCUACCUCUUUGUAAUGGAUCUCAUCUCUUUUUUUGGC